AUGAACCUCCGCUUCUUCUUCGUGACCCUCGUCGCUGUUUUCACUGCUGUUGCAGAUGCCGGCUCCAUUAACCAUGAUCAAGUGCGCCCAUUCGCUCAGCCGAAGCCUGCUACUGUAUCUGAAAAAGCUGCCGUCAAGUUCAACCCCCAGAUCCACAUCACGAACGGAUGCCAUCCGUACCCCGCCGUGAACGCUGCUGGGGAGACGAGUGGCGGCCUUCAGACGAAUGGAGCACCCAGCGCUGGCUGCAAAGGCUCUGGCUGGGGUUCCCAGGUCUACGGCCGCUCCACCUGGUACAAGGGCCGCUGGGCCAUCAUGUACUCGUGGUACUUCCCCAAGGACUCGCCGUCCACCACCCUGGGUCACCGUCACGACUGGGAACACGUCGUCGUGUGGAUUGACAACCCUGCUGUUGCCAACCCCAAGAUCCUCGCAGUCACGCCGUCGGCGCAUAGUGGCUACUCCAAGUACGCUCCACCAAAAGCCGGCACCGUCACCGGCAACACGGCCAAGGUCAACUACGAGAGUCACUGGCCCGUGAACCAUGCACUGGACAGCACCGACGUGGGUGGCGACGCCCAGGAUCUCAUUAUGUGGGAGCAGCAACACGGCAAACUUCGGCGACGCCAAUGUACCCAUGAACGAUGGAAACUUCAUGACGAAAGUCGGAAAGGCUUCCCCGUGGUAGAUGAGGGAAGAACGAGGAAUUAA